UACAUUAGGUCUUAAUUCCUGAAUUAAGUUACGUGAUUGCAUAUAGAAUAUUGUGUGUUAAUCGGUGAUACAUUAUGUGAUCUAUAUAUUUGCUUAUGACGUGAAAUAUGUGAAUAUUGGAUAUGUGAUGAUAUUGAUAGAAUUGGAAUUUAUCUGUUUAUUUGAUAUGAUAUGGUGUGAAAAGAAGUUGUUGAUCUGAUUUGUUAAUGAUUAUUGGAAAUAAGUAAUUUGAUGAGAAAAUGAAUAUAAAUGUGGCUUGAAAGUUCAUGAGAUAAAUGUGGAAAUUAGCAUUAAGGUAAAUGAGAUAAAUGAUAUAUGCCUAUGAAAUGUAUACUUAUUUGAUUUACAUGUGAAGAUGUCUGAUCUGUAUGCGUUGAUAUGUUAUGUCGGAAAUUGUCAGAUAUAAAGUAUAUUUGAUUGUGUUUAUGCCCCGUGCUUGAGUGUAUUCUGUGGGUACAAUUGGCAUGCCAUAGGACAGCAGCGCUGCAUUAUCUGUGAUCUCUCGUCUUCUGGAAAACCGAAGCGAUGAUCGUUUGUUAUCUGAUGGGCCCUUAUUUGAUCUGUCUGCACCCUAAUGGGUGGUCUGUGCGGCGUCCUCUCGAGGACCAUGACCGCGUCUGUAUCUGAUUCUGUUUCUGAUAUGGUCCGCGUACCCUAGUCUAUCGCUAAGCACUUAAAGGGGCUAUAUGUGUUUGAAUAUGUGAAAAUAUUGGUGAUCUGCUUGCUUAUGUGUUGUAUAUGUAUUAGUGGUUGGAUAAUAUUGCUAUAUGUUUCGUGUUUCACUCGAUUAUUGGUUUUAUGUAAUUUAGCUUACAUUCUCAUAUGUGAUUUAUGAAUUUGAUACGUGAUUAUGAAUGUGAUAAACUUCAUUAGGUCAAAGUUUGACGAGAUAAAUGUAAGAUUUUACUAUUGUUUGUUUCUGAUAUUAAGUAUAUGUGCAUGGAUAUGACGAUGUUGGUUCUGGAGUGUUUCGUAAUCAAUAAUAGUGUAAAUGUAUAGGUUGCAUAACGUUUGCUUAACUCCGAAAAUUAGGCUCUAAUGUUGAGUAUGCUACCGAGCUUGUUGAAGCUCACCCCCUUCUUUUCCCCUGCAGAUUAGGCUAUCAGACUAGCUCAUUUGCUUUUGUAGUAUAGCUGCUGAAGUCGGGUCACUAGCCAAUGUUUUGAGUUUGGGUGACGUAACUUAUUCGAUUAUUAAAUUAAUCGGGUAAGGGGUGUUACACCCUCGUCCGCCGCCGCGACCUCGACCGCAACCCCUUCGCUCCGGCGACUGCAGCCACCAUCACAAAUCCGGUCGACCAAAUCACAGCUAAAACAAGAUUUAGCUCUCAAAGCAGUGAGCAUCAUAUCAAUGAAAAUAAUUGAGGUCAGCGCCGGCGCUCUCACUAAUUUUGAAUUGCUUGAUCUCUUGAGAUCAAGAGGGGCAGGAAAGGAUGCCUCACGAGCUAUUGCAACCGUAUCUCAAUCUGAGUUCAAGGUUUUUGAUUAUUUAGAGGGGACUGUUGCUUGCAAUCAAACAAGGGAAAUUAUCAAUAACUUUGUUGCCGAGUGCCAAAAAUUUGACCUUGCAAAGGCAGAGAUUCUUAAUAUUGUGAAUAUAAGACCAAGAAAUGAACCUGAGCUUUUCCCGCUCAUCGAGGAAUGCGAGUCACGUAUGGAAGAUAAGGCUGAAGAGCUUGUAGAGAUCAUCACAAGGAUAUUGCCACCUCAUCCGUCUCAGGUGGAUGAAGCAAACGAGGAAGCUGCUGAGGGGGAAGAAGAAGAGACCGAGCCUGAUCAGGCUGCUGAAGGGGAAGGGGAAGGGCAAGAAGAAGAAGAAGAGAUGGAGCCUUAACCAUACUACAUACUAGUAUACUUCUUUUACUACCUCUGCUUAAUUUCUUUAGAGCAUUAGCCAUGAAUUCUAGUUAGUGUAAGAAGGAAGAUGGUAGUGUGAAAUUUUGCCCAAUGACUAAUCAAAUUAACAACUGAACUCUCAAGAGCCAAUUACUACAUCAAUGUCAAGUUAUUUUUUGUGCUUUUGCAAA